UCACUCUUCAACUCUCCGCGUUCUCGACACUACGACCACCAAGAAGAAGAAUGCCGGAAAUCACCAAGGAAGUCGGCAUCGCCUUUGCCCUCACGUGGGCCGCGGCCUUCGCCACCUGCAUCGGCGGUCUCGUCAUCUUUAGCGCGUCCAUGGUCAAGAUGGCCAACGCCAAGAACCUCUCGAUCGCGCUCGCGCUUGCCGGUGGCGUCAUGGUCUUCAUCUCGCUCGUCGAGAUCUUCAACGAGUCGGUCGAGCAGUUCAAGGCUGGCAACGCCGACGAGGCUGGCGAGUGCGACUCGACGUGCGAAGGCAACGCGUGGGUCUUUACCAACAUUUGCUUUGCCGUUGGCGCCGGCAUUAUCUACCUCCUCGAUGCGCUUGUGCACCGUCUCUCGCCCGAUCUCAAGGACGAAGUCGACCUCGCUGACCUCGCGCGCCUCGAACAAGUCGUCGACGGCCAUGUGGCCUUGACGACGCCGACGGACGCCGACAAGGAGGCGCUUGCUGGCAAGGAGAAGGCGGCCAUGAACCGCACCGGCGUCCUCACGGCCAUUGCGCUUGCGAUCCACAACCUCCCGGAAGGUAUUGCCACGUACACGGCGGCGGUCCACGACCUCAAGGUCGGCGCCACGCUUGCCAUUGGUAUCGCGCUGCACAACAUUCCGGAAGGCAUUGCUGUCGCGACGCCCGUCUACUUUGCCACCGGCAACCGCUGCAAAGCCUUUUGGUGGGCCUGUGCGUCGUCGCUCGCGGAACCCCUCGGCGCCAUCCUUGCGUUCUUUAUCCUCGGUGACGGCCUCAACCCGACCGUGGAAGGUGCCAUGUUUGGUCUUGUCGCUGGUAUGAUGGUGACGCUCUCGAUCAAGGAACUGAUUCCGUCGGCCGUCAAGUUCUGCCCUGAUGGCAACGCUGUCUCGAUCGCGAUCCUCGGUGGCAUGGGCAUCAUGUCGUUGAGUCUCAUCCUCUUUGCGUACGUCGGCGUCUAAGCGCAC